UAUGUCGGCGCGUGUUUUGUCUGCGUUAUCGAAGUGCAAACCGACCUUGUUUACUGGAUGCUUGGUGCGCAAAGUGCGCGUGAGCAACAGCCAUCACUCACUGGUGCUUUCGAACAGGCUGUGCUCAUCAAAUUUCUCUGGCAGCGCAGCGUCACAUGACGGAAUGUCAGGCGGGUCGCGCGGUGCCACUGAUGAGUGGUCGCCUACCAGCCUCGAAGAGUCCUAUCGGCGCUGCUUCGUGGGUAACGACCUUUCGGCGAAGUACAAGUUGGCCAGGCCCAUAGUGCCGCCUGCCAUGGUCGCAGACAUCGUAGAGUACGCAAACGAAACGGUUUUAUGCAAGGAUGGUCUGUGCGCAGACGUCGGAUGUGGUCCCGGACAAAGCACGGAGCUUUUCUGUCCGCACUUCAGGAAGGUCGUGGGCACCGACAUCAGCGAGACGCAGAUUGAAAUUGCUCGAGCAGCUUGCACCGCCAAGAACGUGAGCUUCGAGGUGUCCAACGCCGAAUCGCUUCCUUUCGACGAUGGCACCGUGGCUCUGGUGUCGACGGUUAAUGCGCUGCAUUGGUUCCGCUGGGAUGCCUUCUUUCCUGAGGUUCGCCGGAUUCUGGUGGAUGGCGGCGUCUUCUGUCCGUCGCUGUUCCGGCUACGUGCCGUGGCCGAGCCAGGACUUGAGGACUGUCUCGAAGAGUUUCGGUAUCAGGAGUUCGAAGGCUAUCCUGACUGCUCAGCACGACUUCUGGACGUAUGGCUACGAGAAGACAGAAGUGCCCUUCAGUGACGUUCGAAAGAAGGACUACGUCGUCAAUGAGAUGACGACACUGUCGGCUGUUUUGGCGUGCGUGAGGACUUGGAGUUUUGUUAUACGGAUGGAAAAAAGGAACCCGAGCGUGCCAGGCAGGCCCUGGAAAGGCUAGAGACGAGAAUUCGCUCGAAGCUUGGCAAGCCCGGUGAAGAUGAUCCGGAGGUUCAGGUAGCCUACAGAGCGUCUUACAUCCUGUGUCGAAAAUAACAUUCCUGUGGACUACCAAAACGUUUGUCGUGCUCGCGCACCUGAAGUUCAAGAAGUGCCAUACGAUCAAAUGUCUGGCGUAAACUGCCUAUAUAUGCAGUGGACCAAUAAAGUUCUAGCGCACAUU